UCGACCGUGCUAAGAAAAAAUAUAAAUUUAUUUUUGCGGUCGUUUCGCCGUUGGUGCCUUAGUUUUGAUAGCGUUUUAGAAACAAUGAGAUAAAUCAUUACUGAGUUUGAGUGCUUAGAGUGAAAUAAGUGCUGCGUAGUGGUUUUUUAAUCAUUUUUUAAUAGAAAUUAAAAUGUCUACAGCUAAACAAGUGAACGGUAAUACUACUAAUACAAGUAGUCCGAACAACAACGGAUCUCUGGGAAAGCGGAAAAAAUCUCGAGGAAGCAAAACAUCGUACCUUUCUAAAUGGUUAGACAAGACUAUGCAUCAAAUUCAGGAUGCCACACCAAGCAUAGAAACAUAUGAUACGUUUGUAAAUCCUGUUGUUAACUGGCCGGUCGGAUCUCAGUUCGCGCCAGCCUACGAUCCGUAUAGACAUAUUUAUGGAUGCCCCGAUCCUAUGUCUCUACCCACAUACACGUCCUACAACCCUAUGCUGCCGUUCGGCUCUGAAUAUCGUUACGCGCAUAACAUGAACAAAAGUGUCAAUGUUCAAAGGGCUCGAUUAAGGCUUAGGCCCGAGAGCAGACCAGAAGAAACCAACGGAUCUAGCAUUCAUAGUCACCAGGGAUAUUUUCAACCAAAGAAUAUGUCGGACAGCCAGGACUUUGCGAGUUUGCCACCAAUAGUGACGACAGUCGGCGACACGGUCUCAACCAGCGAUGUAAACACGAACGAAAAAGAUGAUGGAAACAGGAGAUUUAGUGAUCCUUGUGUCCGAGGACUACCUGAUGUGGCGCAACCAGCUAAUGGGGAUGCUGACUCAGAUUCAGGAGAUUCAAGUCUUGCAAGCAGUGAAAUUGGUGGCCGACUGGUAUCGUGUCUUUUGGAUCAAAUAGCUUCAUUAAAAUUGGCCAAUGAAAGACUGACAAAAGAUCUAAUGGAGGCAAGAGCCGAGUUAGAAAACUAUCGGCCUCACAAUGUUAUGCUCCAGAAGGGAUCGAGCUCAAGUAUCGGUGCAACGCCACCAAGCCAUUCGCUCAAUGAUAACGGUGCAAUGCCCAGUCAGUAUUCUCCGGGGUUCCUCACGGAUUUGGUGCGGGAGAUCAGAGACGCGUCGCGGAUGCGAGAAGACGCACUCUACUCGAGGGUCCGAACGAUGAUGCUCGAAAGGAAUGACAACGUUGUAUCGUCUUCCGAAACGAAAUACAUUGAAAAAGCUCUCGACGAGAUCAAGAGCUCAAUGCGCGCCUCCGAAGCUGACCGACAUCGUAUGAUGGACCGUAUCAUCAAACUCGAAGACGAGAUGAGACUCCUACGUAUUACCAACGGGUCAGAUCGCAGCGAGAAACUAACGAACGGGAACCUUGAAGAUGCAGAAACGGAAUGCAUACGUCUUCGCAAAGAGAUCGCGGAGAUGCGCAAAGCGAAGCAGAACUCGGACGAGCACGCCUUCAAGACUUUUUAACGAUCAAAUUUUUAAAUUUCUGAUUAGAAUAAUAUGACUGUCGGGUUUUUGAUUAGCGUGUCCUAGUUUUUAGUUUAGUUUCAAAUGCUUUUACUAACUACUAAUUCAAACUUUCCUUUUUCUGUGGC